AUGCCACAUCUUCGAGACAGUCCACUCGUCAAGGUGAAUCGGAAGCUGAAGGAUCGAGGAGGCAGGGCGACUGGCCUGGUGGACUGGUCGUGGGAUGGGCUCCCUGGCCGCGACGACUUUACAAGUUUCUACCGUGAAGGUGGUACCAGCAGCCUGGAUGCAACCAGCGGAAUGCCCUUCAAGCUACACCGGACGAAGGCAGAAGUUCCAGAGGAUGAACUCCUGACGCGGACCUCGAGCUGGAUCAAUCAAGAUGCACCUCAGCAAGCAAGACGUGCCGCCGGUGCGCUGCUGGGACUUGCAGUGGCAGACUGGGUCGGCGCCCCUCUCGAAUUCUUGGAGGUUACGGAUGAUCCCGGUGAGAGCCGCUGGGACCACGAUAGUUUCCAUUGCCACAAUCCGAACACCACAGAGAUUGAGCGAGGCAUCCUGAAGCCAGGGCAGUGGACAGACGACACUUCCAUGGCACUUUGCCUCGCUGACUCGCUGUGCAUAUGCGGACAAUUGGAUGGGAGUGAUCUUCGGAAGAGAUUUUGGUGCUGGCAUGCGGAGGCCAUGAACACUCCCUGGCGACUUGAUCCCGAUCGUAAGAAACGCACCAGCUUCGGCUUGGGAUACAAUAUUGCCAAGAGCUUGAUUGCACUCUAUCCGGACGAGCCCAUUGACCCUGAGUACCUGAAUCCUGGCAGUAGUGAUUCGGGCAACGGUGGCCUCAUGCGAUUGGCUCCCGUUCCGAUCUUUUACAGUCGGCCUGAGCAACUUGAGGAGGCCCUGGAUGCUGCCGCCAGGUCAAGUCUUGCAACACAUCCAGGUGUUUUGGCAACUGAGACUGCGCGAUACCUGGCCUUCCUGGUGCACAGCGCCAUCAACCGGCAGGCCCAGUGCACAAAGCACCCGCAAGGGCAGUGCAAAGGACAGGACUUGUCAAAUGAACGUGUCAAAGAUGCAGUCAGUCGAAGACGUGUCGAGUGCUCUCCGGGUCAGCAUUUCAAGCAUCAGAGUGCCCUCAAGGAAGAGAUGUCGGCGAGAGAGUUCUUCAUCCAGCAAAGCGCUGUGUAUGCAGCACGCCUGGGAGAGCGUUUGGCGGAGGAUCCUGAGUGUCACAGCUCUGCGGACUUGCGCGAGAUUCAAGCUCUAGCAACUUCCAGCAAGGAGGGGCCGAUGGAGAGAUGUUGGAACUGGCAAGAGCCAUCAUUGGAGCUUCUCCAAACAUUCAGGGCCCGGGGUGAGAAAUAUAACGGGCAUCCGGUCAGCCGAUGCUACGCUGGAAGCUAUUGCAUGGACGGCUUAGCCAUGGCCCUCCAUGCUGUCGCGAGCACCGAGAGCUUCCACCGAGCUAUAGAGAAAGCUGUAAACUUCCUGGGCGAUGCGGAUACAGUGGGUGCGAUCGCAGGACAGCUCGCUGGUGCCUUCUAUGGUCUUGAAGGCAUCGACCCCCGUUACACCGCCGCCGUUCACAAGUGGGACAGAGGCGAAAUCCUUUGCAGGGCUGUCCUGUGCUAUUUGCUUGGAGAUUGUCCCAAGCUCUGCAACGACGUCGUGCCUGCAGACUUCAGUUCUCAGACCUCCCACGCCCUGCCAGCUUGCGCUGCAGAAGGUGGUGGGGUCAUGGGAGCACUACUAUGCUCAGACUGCAGCCAUGCUCCAGAGGAUGUGCCGGCUCAGAACUUGUCCGAUUCCAAAGGGGCAAGUCGGCCGGUUGCUCCAUCGGGUGCUUCCAAAUUCCUGACGCAGGUGAAGCUGUUCCAGCGGUUGCCUGAAUCAGAGCUGCCGACCUUAGCAAUGGCAUGCGAGCCGAAGACGUUCCGCUCUGGUGACAAAGUGAUCACUGAAGGGGACGUCGGAGAUGCUUUCUACAUCAUCCGCUCCGGCGAUGCUUCUUGCCAACACAGCCAGCACUGGUGUUGCUGCUAUGCGGAUGUGACACGCAUGGGGAGAGGGCGAAAACCUGGAGAGAGGAUGCCUGUCGUAGCUCUUCACAAGAAGGCAGAGAGACAGUGA